AUGCGCUCCGAUUCUAGCCAUGUCCCGACAGCUACCUCUAUCAGUUCAUGCAGUAUCGGUCAGAUACUGGAUCAAUCAGCCCUUGCAGCACCUUGCGACUACAUUCGAUCAUUGCCUUCCAAAGAUAUCCGGAAGAAGUUGAUUGACGCAUUCAACAUUUGGUUCCAGUUACCAAACGACGACAUCAACGGCAUUGGACAAAUCAUUAAUGACCUUCACAAUGCUUCCCUAAUCUUGGAUGAUAUUCAAGAUGACUCUUUGCUCCGGCGUGGAAGUCCCGCGACACACUGUAUCUUCGGAAAUGCCCAGUCAAUCAACAGUGCAACAUACAUGUUCAUGAACACAUGUCUGAUGCUGCAGCAUGUCCCAUUCUCGAGCCCAGCUACGAUGGACAUACUGUUGAAGGGAAUGAUGGAACUGUUUGUCGGACAAAGCUGGGAGCUCAAGUGGAAAUUCCAUGUUUCUUGUCCAUCUGUACCGGAGUACAUGGCUAUGAUCGAUGGAAAGACAGGCGCCAUGUUCAACCUCUUGGUCCGUUUGAUGCACAGCAUGUCGCAGCAAGACACUUUCCUCCUGAAAUAUGUUCGCUUCGCGACCUUACUCGGCCGAUUUUAUCAGGUCCGAGAUGAUUACCUCAAUCUCCUAGACGACAAGUACUCGGAGCAAAAGGGGUUUUGUGAGGAUUUGGACGAGGGCAAAUUCUCGUACCCGGUCGUCUCGUGUUGCAACUCUGAUCCCAGUAAGCAAGAUUUGAUUCUUGGAAUUUUCCGACAGAAUGGCGAUGGAAGAAGUCCUCUUUCGAAGAACACAAAGAUGUACAUACUUGAUCUCAUUAAGAAAUCGGGGGCGUUUGAAGCUACCUGCGAGUUGCUGAACCAAUUGAAGCAGGAGGUUUGGGAGGCACUUUCGGACCUUGAGGUGGCAACAGGCCAACAAAAUGUGGGCUUACGGCAUAUCAUGAAAGCUUUAUCAGUGGUAUAG